AUGAGAAAGCUUGUGAAGAGGUUCCGGCUGGACGAGGCCGCGGAGUCCAAGCUCUGUGAGGUCAUGUCCAAGUGGGAUGAGGACAAGCAGUACAGGUACUACAAGGACCUGGCAAAAGUGCUUCGUGACGCUGUAAAGCCAUCUGCGACGGUCAUGAUCAUUGUGCAGCUUUGUUGGCAGUUGGCUCGGGUGCUUUGUGAGGACAGCAGCAGCAGUGAUACAGAUGACCCCAACCCGAGGCAGAAGCCGCUCAGCAGCAGCUCCAGAACUAAUCUUGCAGGGCUGGUGAAUCAGGCUCAAAUAUCCUGCCAAGGUCGCCUGGGAAUUGGCACGGGGCGCAUUUUUCCGUUUCUGUUCUUGUUGAUGUUCCGAUGUGUUCAGCAGUUCGUCCAUGCAGACUCUUUCAGGCUUCCGCAGGCGCUGUACCUGGACCUGGUGGCAACAACGGAUGCCCGACGGCCAGGCGAGGAGGCGUUCACGACCUCAUUGCCAUGGCUGCAAGAUGCAAGCAGCCAUCCGCAGGGCCGCUUCACUUCCCCUUCCGUAAUCUACCUUUUCCCGGGCAAGGAGAUGAAAGUUGGCAGGCAGCCGGAUGUGUGUUCGGUGGUCCUGGACUCCCCAGAGGUGCCGCAGAUGAUCAGCCGCUGCCACGCUAGACUGGUGGAUGCCGAAGGUAUUUGGGUUCUGACAGAUGAGAAGAGCCUGAAUGGCAUCCACGUGAACGACAUGAAGCUCACAGCGCCCAAGCUUCUGAGACAUGGUGAUUCCGUUUGCUUCGGCAGGAAGCUACAGGAACGACCCGUGUUCGACUAUGUCUUCGAAGAAAAAGGCCCACAAAAUCCAGAGCGAACAGGGAAAAGGAAACGAGAACCCCAAGCAGAUGCAGUAUGUGCAGUUGCAGUGGGCCAAGCUACUGCAGCUGCUAAGCACGCAGACGGUUCAAAGUGUACCAGUGCAAACUGGCCAGAAGGGAAGGCAAGCGGCGCAGGGGAGAUUCUUGACCUUGCUGAUGCAGAAGGGGAAAACGUGUUGCAGAAGGAGAUGAGCGAGCUUAUGAAGAACCAUGUGGCAAGGGUCGCACAAGACAGGCUGGAUCUGGAUGCCAGACGUGCAGAACUGGACGCCAAGUUCAAGCAGCUCGAAACUGAAAGGUCGCUGCAACAGCCUUCCGCAAAGGAUGCCAGCGCGGCCGCGGUUGAUCUCAAGGAUCUGCAAUCGGAGCUUGUGUGUUCCAUCUGCCGCGAUUGGAUUGUUCAUGCUUCUUCCAUAGAAUGCGGGCACAUGUUUUGCCGAGAGUGCAUCGAUGAGUGGCUCACGCGCAAAAACUUUCUGUGUCCAGUUUGUCGGGCCACGGUCAGACAAGUGCCAACUGCUGCCCGCACGCUUGAUAUGAUUGUUGAUAAGACCAUCCAGCAGAGCAGCAAGUCGGACAUACGGGAGUUUGAGAAGCGCGUCAAGAAGGCAGACGAGCUGCAAAGCCAACGACGGGUGGCAACGCGAGACUUGGAAGAGUCGGUGAAGCAAGCUAUUCGGAACAAGAAGACUUUCUUUCACAUCAACCAGAACUGGGGGAAAAAGGAGAAGAAAACAUUCCACGAUGGUGUCAAGCAAUACAUAUGCGAAGGGAGAGAAGCUUACUGUCAGCUUGUUGGCCUCACUGUCAGUUGGGUGUACAGCGCCGAUGACUCAAAACUCAAUCAGGCCUUGCACAACCUCGGCUUGCAAGACUUUGUUAGCAAGCCCGAGAAAGACAUUCGACAGAGACUCUUGAUGUUUUUGCAUUAUGGCUAG